AUGAACCCAAACCUUGCAAUUGCUCCCGAUUUCCAGUUGCCUGAAUACACAGAAGCAAGAGCUCAACUCGUCAAUGAGGCCAUUAAUGACCGGCAAGCAGCAACCAUCUUAGCCAACCUCUGGCACAUCCAGAAUGAUGCAGAUAAGCGUCUCUGGACGAUCAGACUCAAAGCCGAAGCCCGAGAAGCUGAAGCCGAGCGCAGAGAAGCCACAGAAGAAGAAGCUCAAUCAGCCAUUAAAGAGGAGUGCAAAAAGAAUAAAGCCAAAUAUGCUCUAGUCAAGGACAUUGAAAUUACAUUGGAUCCCAUCAUCCUCCCAUGUCAAUAUGCCACGUGGAAAAUGAAGUCUGGUGAUUACUGUGAACUAUUCUACUUCACUAACAGCAGUCUUGAAGAAGCGUCUCGAUCAGCCUUCACAGCGGACAAAGAUGCGCUAGUAAUUCUACCCUCAUCCGAUGGCUUACACAAGUGCAUACCAGCUGGUGCUGCCAAAGACCCCAAAGUCCAAGUUAUCAAAGACGAAAAUCUCACCUGGGAAUAG